AUGGGAGCUGGACGUCGUAUGGGAAAGAAGCAGGCAGAUCCUGGCCCACUGGACGAGUCGCUGGUGACGCGCAAGCGCAAAUUAGCAGCGCCAACCAACGGCGCCAUUAAGAAGCAGAAAACGGUAGAGCCUGUAGUCGAGGGAAAGAAGACGACCGGCGCGAAAUCACCAAGGGAGAAGUCUACAAAGGACAAGAAGCCGCGCGGGGGCGAUAAGAAGACGGAGAAGAAAGUGGAGAAGAAGAAGGAAAUUGUGAAGCCGAAAAAGACCAAAAAGGAGGAGACCACUGUGCAGGAAGAUCUGGACGAUUUGGUUAGCAGCGAGGAUGACGACGAUCUUGACACGGCAGAUGAUGACAUUUUGGACUCUGACGGCGAUGUCGUGGAUUCGGAUGAAGAGAUGCGUGGAGGCGGCGGUGGAGGCAAGAACAAGAAGAUGAUGUGGUCCGACGAUGAGGGCGACUCAGAUGGCGAAGAGCAGCUCACAGCCGCCAACAUUGCGGGCCUUUCGCGGAAGUUGGACGAACAGCAAGCGCAGGAGGCCGCCGACGCUGAGGCCGAACUUCGCGACGAUGCUAUGCAGACGAAUAUCGCCAAUGAUCUAAUUGAUGGCGACGGCGACGAUGAUGAGACUCCUGGAGCCAAGGAACUACUCGCGCCAGAUCUCCAGCUGCUCCGUACCCGCAUCACCGAGGUCGUCCGUGUUCUGACCUCCUUCAAAGAGUUGGCCGAGCCUGGCAAAUCACGCGCGGAAUACACCACCGGCCUGCUCAAGGACAUUUGCACAUACUAUGGCUAUUCGCCAUUCCUCGCCGAGAAAUUGUUCAAUCUCUUCCCCGCUCAGGAAGCCCUGGCGUUCUUCGAUGCCAAUGAGACACCCCGUCCAAUGGUCAUCCGCACCAACACCCUUCGCACUGGUCGUCGUGAGCUUGCACACGCUCUCAUCAAUCGUGGUGUCACCUUGGAGCCCGUUGGAAAAUGGUCCAAGGUCGGUCUCCAAAUCUUCGAGUCUCAGGUUCCGCUUGGUGCUACCCCAGAAUACCUCGCUGGUCACUACAUUCUUCAAGCAGCAUCUUCCUUCCUCCCCGUUAUGGCUCUCGCACCACAAGAACAUGAGCGUGUACUGGACAUGGCUGCUGCUCCUGGUGGAAAGACAACCCAUCUUGCCGCCCUCAUGCGAAAUACCGGCUGCAUCUUUUCCAACGAUUCCAACAAAGAUCGUGCAAAGGGUCUGAUUGGUAACAUUCACCGAUUAGGCGUGAAAAACACCAUCGUAUGCAACUACUCUGCGCUGGAGUUUCCUCGUGUGAUGGGUGGUUUCGACCGCGUACUCCUGGAUGCGCCAUGUUCAGGAACGGGAGUCAUCGCCAAGGACGCAAGUGUCAAGACGAACAAGACCGAGGCCGAUUUCUUGCGUCUGCCUCACUUGCAAAAGCAGCUCCUGCUCGCAGCGGUGGACUCUGUCGACCACGCGAGCAAAACUGGCGGUUACAUCGUCUACAGUACCUGUUCGGUCACAAUCGAGGAGAAUGAGAUGGUCGUUCAAUAUGUGCUCAACAAGCGUCCGAACAUCAAGCUCGUGCCCACGGGCCUGAUCUUCGGAAAGGAAGGUUUCACAAGUUUCAUGGGCAAGACCUUCCACCCGGCAAUGAAGGAUACUCGGAGAUAUUACCCACACGCCUUCAACGUGGAUGGCUUCUUCGUGGCAAAGUUCAAGAAGACUGGCCCGACUCCUGCUGCGGCGGUCCUACCGCAAGGUAGUGCCRAGGAGAAGAGGCAGCAUAAGAAGGCCGAGGCUGAGGCUGAUGCCGACGAGGAUGUCUAUGUUCAUCAGGACAUUGAGGAAGGCGACGAGGAUAAGGAGGAGAGUCCGUUUGCUGACUUCGAUGAUGAGGAAGACGAAGUACUCAUUGAGAGGAGUUUAAACAAGAAUUUGAAGAGGAAAGGAAUCGAUCCCAAGGCGAAGAAAGCGAAGAGCAAAGCAUUGCCAGCGAAAUGA